AUGCAGCCGAAGAAAGCUGCCCACAGAGCGCCAGGGGACGGUUCUGGAUUUCUUGGCAGGCAGGAGAAGGGGCUUUUGUGCGGGCAGGAGCUGCGUGCCAGUCAGCUAUAUUUACGGAGCACCUGCCGUGUGGAACUUGGAAAGGAAGAGAAGACGGGCCUUGUCCUCAAGAAGCUUGUGACCAAAGAGGGAAGAAAGGUGCCCGGCUACUAUCCUUCUCUGCAUGAACUGCAGGGCCUGACAGGGUUUUCAGUUUCCGUGUCGAAAGGGGGUAAUCAAAAUGAAGUGUCAACCCCAGCCCCUCCCCCAGAAGAACCAAACAAAGAGAAAGAGGUGGGAACUGCGCCAGCAAAAGAGGAAGAUGAGGCCUCUCCGCCGAGUGCCCUGCCUCCAGGUUUGGGUAGUCGGGCCCUGGAGAGAAAAGAUUCAGAAUGGUCUCUGGGCGAGUCGCCCGCUGGCGGAGAGGAGCAGGACAAACAGAAUGCCAACUCGCAGCUGUCCACCCUGUUUGUUGAAAAACCUCAGACAGGAUCAGUGAAAGUUGGCGCCAACAUCACCUUCAUAGCCAAAGUCAAGGCAGAAGAUCUUCUCCGAAAGCCCACGAUCAAAUGGUUCAAGGGGAAAUGGAUGGACCUGGCCAGCAAAGCUGGGAAACACCUGCAGCUGAAGGAGACCUUCGAGAGGCAAACUCGGAUAUACACAUUCGAAAUGCAGAUUAUCAAAGCCAAGGAGAACUACGCAGGAAAUUACCGGUGUGAGGUCACCUACAAGGACAAAUUUGACAGUUGUUCCUUUGAUCUCGAAGUGCAUGAAUCCACUGGGACGACUCCAAACAUUGACAUCAGAUCUGCCUUCAAGAGAAGUGGAGAAGGUCAAGAAGAUGCAGGGGAACUUGACUUUAGUGGUCUCCUGAAACGUAGGGAGGUGAAACAGCAGGAGGAAGAGCCGGAGAUAGAUGUGUGGGAGCUGCUGAAGAAUGCCAACCCCAACGAGUACGAGAAGAUCGCUUUCCAGUAUGGCAUCACUGACCUGCGUGGCAUGCUCAAGCGGCUCAAGCGCAUGCGCAGGGUGGAGAAGAAGAGCGCAGCUUUUGCAAAAAUUCUCGAUCCUGCCUAUCAGGUGGAUAAGGGAGGCAGAGUGAGGUUUGUGGUGGAGCUGGCAGAUCCAAAGCUGGAGGUGAAGUGGUUUAAAAACGGUCAGGAAAUUCGACCCAGCACCAAAUACAUCUUUGAACACAAAGGAAACGAGAGAAUCAUGUUUAUUAAUAACUGCUCGCUGACAGAUGAUUCGGAAUACUAUGUGACAGCUGGGGACGAGAAGUGUUCCACCGAGCUCUUCGUGAGAGAGCCUCCGAUUAUGUUGACUAAGCAGCUGGAAGACACGAACGCCUACUGUGGGGAGACAGUGGAGCUGGAAGUUGAGGUGUCGGAAGAUGACGCCAAUGUCAAAUGGUUUAAGAAUGGUGAAGAGAUCUUCCCGGGUCCAAAGUCAAGAUACAAAGUUAAAGUUGAGGGCAAGAAACACACUUUGAUCAUAGAAGGUGCGACAAAGGCGGACAGCGCAGAGUACUCAGCCAUGACCACCGGGGGACAAUCAUCUGCCAAACUAAGCGUUGACUUGAGGCCCCUCAAAAUCAUGACGCCGCUGACCGAUCAGACUGUCAAACUUGGGAAAGAGGUGUGCUUGAAGUGUGAAAUCUCCGAAAACGUGCCGGGAAAAUGGACAAAAAAUGGCCUGCCUGUCCAGGAGAGCGACCGUGUGAAGGUCGUGCACAAAGGAAGAAUCCACAAGUUAGUCAUCGCCAACGCUCUCACAGAAGAUGAAGGGGAAUAUGUGUUUACUCCAGACGCAUACAACAUUCCUAUGUCUGCCAAAGUUCAUGUCAUUGAUCCGCCCAAGAUCAUCCUGGACGGCCUUGAUGCUGACAACACGGUAACGGUCAUUGCUGGAAGCAAGCUUCGCCUUGAGAUCCCUGUCACAGGGGAGCCACCUCCCAAGGCCAUCUGGAGCCGAGCAGACAAGGCUAUCAUGGAGGGCAGUGGCCGGAUCAGGGCAGAGUCGUACCCUGACAGCAGCACGCUGGUCAUUGAUGUGGCGGAGAGGGAGGACUCCGGUGUGUACAACAUCAACCUGAAAAACGAAGCUGGAGAAGCGCAUGCGAGCAUCAAGAUCAAAGUUGUGGACAUCCCGGACCCUCCAGUGGCACCCAACGUGACGGAAGUGGGAGAUGACUGGUGCAUCAUGAACUGGGAGCCCCCUGCCUAUGACGGAGGGUCACCAAUCUUGGGCUACUUCAUUGAGAGGAAAAAGAAGCAGAGCUCUCGGUGGAUGCGACUGAACUUUGAUCUCUGCAAGGAAACAACUUUCGAGCCCAAGAAGAUGAUUGAAGGCGUGGCCUAUGAGGUCCGCAUCUUUGCUGUCAAUGCCAUUGGUAUCUCCAAGCCCAGUAUGCCGUCCAAGCCUUUUGUUCCUUUGGCUGUGACCAGCCCUCCUACUCUUCUGGCUGUUGAUUCCGUUACCGACUCGUCGGUGACCAUGAAGUGGAGGCCCCCGGACCAGAUUGGUGCAGCAGGUUUAGAUGGCUAUGUGCUAGAGUAUUGCAUGGAAGGAACUGAGGACUGGAUUGUUGCAAACACGGACCUGAUCGACAAGACGAAGUUCACCAUCAAUGGUCUGCCCACGGAUGCAAAGAUCUUCGUGCGUGUGAAGGCGAUUAACGCGGCUGGGGCGAGCGAGCCCAAGCACUACUCUCAACCCAUCCUCGUGAAGGAAGUCAUAGAGCCGCCGAAGAUCCGCAUCCCAAGGCACCUGAAGCAGACGUACAUCCGCAGAGUGGGAGAGGCUGUCAAUCUGGUUAUUCCUUUCCAGGGCAAACCAAGACCGGAACUGACCUGGAAGAAGGAUGGGCAGGAAAUCGAUAAGAAUCAAAUAAACAUUCGCAACUCCGAGACUGAUACCAUCAUCUUCAUUAGGAAAGCAGAGAGGAGCCACUCGGGCAAGUACGACCUGCAGGUCAAAGUGGACAAGUAUGAAGAAAACGCCUCCAUCGACAUCCAGAUCGUAGACCGCCCAGGGCCACCCCAAGCUGUGACUAUCGAAGAUGUGUGGGGAGAGAAUGUCGCUCUCACGUGGACCCCGCCCAAGGACGAUGGCAAUGCCGCCAUCACAGGCUACACCAUCCAGAAGGCCGACAAGAAGAGCAUGGAAUGGUUCACGGUCAUCGAGCACUACCACCGUACCAAUGCCACCAUCACCGAGCUGGUCAUAGGGAACGAAUACUACUUCCGGGUCUUCGCGGAAAACAUGUGUGGCCUCAGCGAGGACGCCACGAUGACGAAGGAGAGUGCGGUGAUCGCCAAGGACGGUAAAAUCUACAAAAAUCCUGUAUAUGAAGACUUUGAUUUCACAGAGGCCCCCAUGUUUACUCAGCCUCUGGUCAACACCUACGCCAUCGCUGGUUACAACGCCACCCUGAACUGCAGCGUCCGAGGAAAUCCUAAGCCCAAAAUCACCUGGAUGAAAAACAAAGUGGCUAUCGUGGAUGACCCCAGAUACAGGAUGUUCAGCAACCAAGGAGUCUGUACCCUGGAGAUCCGCAAGCCUAGCCCCUAUGACGGAGGCACUUACUGCUGCAAAGCAGUCAACGACCUGGGGACCGUGGAGAUCGAGUGCAAACUGGAGGUGAAAGGCGGGCUGUCCUUCUGCAGGCUCCUCCUGCAAGGCGUGCCUCCAAACAUAGUUGAUUCCUAUCUGCGGGACUUGCAAUCAAGCAAUCCUGAGGAGUGCUGAGGGCUGGGCAUGGCCUCUGUACACACCACUGCUUUGAAAUUUGGUUGAGAAGGAAAGCAUUUUCUGGUUUUCUUGUAGGCCCCCAAGUGUGGUCAUUUCCUCUCUGCCUAACCUUGAAGAAAGGAAAAAGAUUGUUUGCACAGAUUGCUUGAUUAAAAAUAGCGAACGAAA